UUCUUGCAAGGAGCUUUCAACAAAGUCUACACAGUUUCUGGCAGCAAGGGAACCUUCAUCUCCAGGGUCGCACUCCCCCUCGCUCCAAGGGUCAAAACGCUGAGCGAAGUCACGACGAUGUCACUUAUCCGCGCAAAGACUAGCAUACCUGUACCUCAAGUCGUUGCGUACAAUGCUGGCCUGAACAACGAACUAAAGUUUAAGUGGGUACUAGUAGAACACAUCAACGGCCUUCUACUGCAGGAGCGCCGGUAUGAACUAUUGUGGCUCAAGAAGGGCUUGCUAGUCCAGAAGAUGGUGAAGUUCAUAGAUGAGCUGUCUCAUCUGAAUCUCACCGGGAUCGGCAGCGUCUAC